AUGAAUACAUUGAGGUGUUUGGCGCACGUACUAUCUAAGGGUGGGAGGGAAACUCCAAAACUAUAUCAAAAAGUAAUAUUUCCAGAUCUGUUCAAAGACCAUAUACAAAUAGCAAAUGUCAAGAAAGUUAAUGAAAGGGAAAUCGAUAGUCUAAAACUAACGUCAGUAAAUGGAGAGGCACAAAUAAUGGUACGGCAUGGCGUGAAAUAUGAAAGGGAGCAAGUCAAAGAAUACCUUUCAAGUCUGCCGACUUUAACGCUUUCUAGGAAACAAAUUAGGGAUGACUAUGACGAGGAACGUGCAAAACAAAUGUAUAUGAUUUCUAAACAAACAAAGUCUUCGAACAAGUUCCAGAAACUUCUUACAGCAAAGUCUCAAGAGUUUACUAGGGAAUUAUUGACAUUACUGAUAGAUUGCACACCGAAUGAAGAGAAUUCACAGCCUGAACGUUUUACUCGUAAGUUUCUUAAGUUUAGUAAUCAAGAAGUUCCUCCUAUCCCUGAUUUUUCAAAGAACCCUCAAUUGUUUGAAAACUAUGUUGGAAUAUUAAGUCAUACAAAGUUCAAUUUUCGUUCGUCUUCCAAACUAAAUGGUAUUGUGCGUAAGAUACUGCGGCACCUACUUCAUCCAACCAAUAAGACAACUCUGCCCUUACGUUCUGCUCAAGUUUAUAAUGAUUCGAUAUACUUUUUUAGUGAGCACUUCGAUUUUGCGUCUUGUAGAGAAAUAUUUGCGCAAAUGAAGGCUGAGGGGGCUAAACCAAAUACAGUCACUUUUAAUCUUUUGUUGCGUAACGUAGUGAAAAAUUCACAUAUUAGAAAAACUAAGCGCCCCGAUGAUGAGGUCCUUUUUUAUCUUAGAAGUAUGCGUAAUCAUGGAGUUUUUGCAGAUAUAAUAACUUGGACGACGUGUUAUAACUUUCUUCGUGAUGAAGUUUCGAGGCAAUUGUAUAUUGUACAGAUGGGUGAACAUUUAGGAAAUUUCAACGUAAACUUUGUUUACACCGUGCUGAGGAAUGGGGAUUAUACAGCUGAAGAUUGUUUGAAGGUUUUGGCAACAAAUUCAUUACCAAUUUCCCGGAAGAUGUUUUAUUUAUGCAUAGAACGGCUACUGGACGAGGAGCAACUUCAAACCGCAUCUAAAUUACUCGAUUAUGGUUUUCAACAUUUGAGAAGUAAUUUUAAGUUAGACUCGGAAGCUAUAAACCAUUUUAUGCGAGUGUUCGCUACCAAAGGAAGAAGCGACUUGGCAUUUCUUUGCUAUAAUACUUGCCGUAAGACUUACAAAGUCAAACCGGAUUCUCAGACGUUCGAAAUGUUAUUCAAGGCAUUGGUUAGAAAUGGUAACACCAAGAAUUUUGGAGCGGUCCUCCAGUAUAUCAAAGAUUUGAAGUUUGCUGAAGGAUUUGGGUUGCGUACAACUUAUUGGAGUACCAAAGCGGAAUCAAUUUUCAAGUUUAGUAAUUCUACUGCUCUUUCAGAAAAGUCAAUUGAAAAAGCAAGGAAAUUGUUGGGCAACCUGAUUGCUUCUAAUGGUGAGUUCUCUUGGAAAAUUUGGAAGGAGAGUGAUCCUUCCCAAAAGAAAAUAUUACGAUUUUUGGGUUGUAUCCCUAUUACUCUACGCUGCACCAGUGCAACACACGAUCACCAGAAGUCCACAAGCUUACCUUCAAAUAUCUCCCAGAAAAAAAGAGAAUACCGAAAUCGGAUUAAAGCAAUAGCCACAAAGGCUGCUUUCGAAAAAAAAAAGUCGUAUAUCAAAGACAACGAUGUAGCUUUCAAAAAAGAGCUAGUAGAGAGAAUGAUAGUCAAGGAGUUUUGA